AAGGUGAGCAGGGAGGGGGCUCCAGGCGCCCGCCGCUCCAAUUCAGGCGGACGGAGGACGGUCCCGGGCGGCCCGCGCCACAAUCGCGCAGAUCGCGCCCGCCGUCGCCCGCGCCCUGGCCGCCCGGCGCGGAUCGGAUGCCACCGCCGACGAGCCCGCAUGCACGUGGCCCCCUCUGGUUGCUGGCGCACUCGGGUGUCACCGGGCUCGCCGCGCAGCCUACCAGGUGGGCCCGCGGCGCCGGCCACUGGAGGAGCGGCCAGCGGCAGGAAGAGACGCCUCCAUGGGGUGGCCGAGCGGCGCUCGGACUGGCUGUCCCUGGGAUCCGAACGUCGCAGUUGUUUCACACAGGCAGCAAGCGCCGUCGUCGGCGUCGUGGUCAGCGCGCUGCUGCUGGCGCUGGUGCUGCCGCGGGUGGUGCUGCAGCGGCGGCGCCGAACUGGCGCUUCAGUGGGCUCACUGUCCGAUGGCUCUGAGCACCAUUUCCGCGCUGCCGCGCUGGAGCUGACGCGACACCUGUUUCCAGAGGCCGCCAAGCACCUCGCCACGGUCCACCUCGUCGACGUAGUGGCCGUACGCCCGGAUGAACUCCGCAGCCUCGUCAGACGGACGCCCGAGCGUCACGAAAACCAGCGGGGCGAGAUCACCACCGCUGGGGGGGUACCGGUUCCCCUUCGUCCGCACCAUGGCCGCCGCAGCGACGAAGCACAGAGCGGUGACCAGGUCGGACGAAGGGGGAAGCAAUUCGAGAGGGGGGUCAGAGAAUCAGUAGAGCGGCGAGGAAACCCAGAGCGGCGAGAGGGGACGGGAGAGCAGUGGGCGCACGGCGCGGCGCCGCGGCCAGAGAGCGCUCAUCGCACCUGGCGCCCCGCGGCACGGCGCGCCCAAAAAUCGUCCCCGAGGCCGGCUAAACCCCAGGGUGGUCUGUACAGCCGUCGCACGCCCGCGCCCGCCGCCACUGAGGCCGCCCUGGCGCAGGCCGCGCGGGAAGGACGGAGGGAGCCACCACCGGCACACCAGUACCAAAGCCCACUCGAAGGCCGCCAGCAGAGAAGUGCGCCGCGGACCCGGUGCUGGCGUGCUCGACUUGCUUGCGAGGUGGACGGCCACCCUCUCUGGACUUUGCCACCAGAGGGGGCCGCGGGCAGGAAAAGGUCGCCCAGCGUGGCAUGCGGCCGCAGGAGUCGAGCGGCGGUGGCCGACCAGCCAUGGGAGAACGCGCGCAGCGGCCCGUGGCCCGGGGGCCCCUCGAACUAAACUUGCGGCCGCCCCGCGCAGCCCGCGGAGAGCGGAGCGGAGCGGGCCCGUUUCCAGCCCCGCUCUCCGUCGCCGCCCGGCCGCUCCACCGAGCCGCGGUGCCGAGCACGCGGGCCGCGGCCGCGGCGGCCGCGGCGGGUCAUCAGUCCUC